GCGUCAUACUAGUAUUUGCAACCGGAUUGCCAAUACGAAGCUAGUGGCUCUUUACUAGUCUGGCUAUUUUUUGUAGUUUAGCAGGAAAACACGUAUUGGAACAUAGUAAAGACGCCAAAUAUGAGUAGAGGAAGAGUGGGAAAGCCUUCCCACCCCGGUAACUCUGAUGUAUGUAGCGAAGAAAGUUUGAACAUCAGCGAAAGCAGUGAUUUAAACUCGUUGCCUUCUUCAUCGAAGAUACCGACGCGAAGUAGAAUGCCAUACAGAAGAAGUUCUAAUGCAAAUCAUAGUGAAUUAAUAAGCAAACCUGGGAUGAAGGAUAUGACUCAUAUAAGUUUAAAAUCUGAUAGUGCUACAAUUAGUCGUCAAGGCGAACUUUCUGAGACGACGGAUGAUGAUCAUGAAGCGUCUCGGACUCGUGAUAAAUUCAUCAUUCAUGACACAGAAUCUCAUGAUGAAUUAUCAAAAAGACGGCGAAGACCAAAGUUUGUACAAGAAAAAAGAUCAAGAGGUGGAGGGACAAACCAUACAAAUUCCAGAGAUUACAAAGAUCAGGCACCUGGUCUAAGUAGUGAUGCAGUCUUUGAUUCGCUGAUGCAGGAGGAAUUCAAACGUGGCUGGGUGCAGGGAAGAGAAUCUGACGUGGCAAGAGCCCAAAAGCAAAUGCAAGAUCUUCAUUUUUCUGAUAGCUAUAAUCGAUCUGUACAGUUCCAGUUCAAUGUUAAUGCCCAACCAAACAAGGGAACACAAGUAAAUUUGUCUCAUCAAUGUCAGAUGGGCUGUCAAAAUGAGAUUGCUGAUUGUCGUCGCACAAUAGCUCAACUUGAAAGUGAGCUUCAAAUUUUGGGAGAAAAGUUUUGCCAUAAAAAGGUGCAAAAUGAGAGGUUGAAAGAAAAUAAAGAAGUUUUAGAGCAAGAAAUUUGUUUUUUAGAAGACAAAAUUACUAUUCAGGCAAAUGCUGCAAUUGAACAGGUGAAGGAGAGUCUUAAUGAAAAAAUUGCAUCUUUAACAAAGAAAAAUGACAUCUUGGCUAAAAAAAUAGCUGAUCUCAUGCAAAUGAAUGAGACUUUAGAAGAGGACAGUGUUCAACUGGUUCAACUCAAACAAAAGGAUGAAAAAAUGCUAGGAAUUGUGGAUCAUUUGGCAGCAAAUGGCCAUUCUUUGGACGAGCAAAAUGGUGCACUCAGACAAAAGGUUGAGCAGCUGGAGGCAGAUUUAAAGCAAGCGGAAGAUGAACGUGAUAGAGCACUUGCUGGCCAAGAAAUUGCACGUGAUGAACUUGAUACAGCACUUGCUGAACGAGAAAUUGCACGUGAUGAACGCGAUAGUGCACUUCAGGAUCGCGAUGCUCUAGCUGAACGUCAAGAUCAAAUGCAGAAUUUUCUCUGUUUUAUGAUUUUCCUGAGUUUUGGGCUUUACGGAGCACUUCAGACCUUCCGGGCUCGGGCGCAGGAGCAUGAAGCUCUUCAAGAUCAGCUGAGGGAUAUCAUGGAUGACUUGCACCCAGUACCCGUGCCUCAGCCAAACAAUGCACCGAAUGUACAUGGAAUUCAAGAUAUAGGAGAUAUCUUCGACGUAAGUCAAACUAUCUAUGUACUCUAUGUACUGUAUGAUAAUGUGGAGGCCGAUGUCCACGUUCCAGAUUGAGUGAUUACAGAGACGCAUGGCACUGGUUGUGCUUCUGUGUGAACUGAUGUGAACACGUGUUUGGGUACAGUCGUCGCUUUUUUUCCCUUCGUAGUUAGUGUCAGUUGUCAGACGUUGUUCUCAGAUUUGUCAGCAUCUGGUAAUUUUCUAUGGGGAGAUUUAGUCUUGCUCUCGACCGCUGUCCUUGAUCGCGUUCACUUUUCAUUCCGGAGUACUGCUAUUGCAGUGAUCAAUAUUCAUUUUUAUUGGCUUUAUAAAUUCAUUUUCACUCUUUGCAUGAACGUCGCCGUUCAGGGGAGGUAUAUAGAGGUUGAAAUAGUCUGCCGAUGAACUUAUUUCAAAAUAAUACUGCUUUUAUCCCGCUUCUUUCGUUUCUUUAUUUGAUUUUAACUGAACUUAAUAUUCAGUAUGGAAUUUUAUACUUACAUUUGACAGACUCUUUAUAUACAUAUAGUCACGAUAUAAAAUUAAUCAUUAUGUCUCUUCCACCUCUCUAUGUCUGGCGACGCCACUGGCACUGAUUCUUCCUCGUAUACUUACUAUUCUCCAGUCUCGUUCCCCAGCCUGUCCGCCAUUUCCUCUGGCGAUGAAAUCGGGGGCUCGGGGAGAGAUUGACUAUUCUCGUAUAAAAGACGUUGCACCGGGUGCGCCCUGCUCUCCACUUUCUUCAACUGAUCUGAGAUCAUGACGUCAUAGGGCGCCUCGACCAAACUGAACUAUCAUGCGCCUGGAGUCAUUUGUCCCCGUUCUUCCCACCUAUAAUAUAACGGGCGAAAAUUUUACUAAAGGCAGAUGUGUUUCAGCAUAGAAAUAAUAGAAUCUCUUAAAAUUUUCCAGUGCUGAAGUCAUAUGAAAUGCGAGGAAUGAUAAUUCAGUUUUAUCGAGGGUCUGCCUACUGAUUGGCUGAUUUUUCUACUCAGAUCAGUUCGAUAUACGUUUAGCACAGGAGCCAGUUGCAGUUGUUUAUAAAACGGGUAACUCAACCCUGGGUUAACGCAAAAUAGUCGCAAAUCUUCAAUGUUAACAUCAAUCACUUGUUUAUAAAAUCAAAUUUCACGAGUAUUUUCUGGAUCAAUAAAAGUCUUACUGUAUAAAGUUUUGAAACCUACAGAAGCACAUCGACCAAAACAUUUUGAACAACUGCCUGGCCCUUUCUAGAGUUUCUACUAGCAUUUAUACCUUCUAGUAUUUUAGAAAUUUAGACAUAAAUUGUGUUGUUUUAUCAUUGUAGAAAUAGCUUUUAGAAUAUGGUGCUGUUUAAUUUUGAAGUUUUGUCCAUAGGCGUACGAUGCAGAGGAGGAAAGAGGCAGUGCCUUUUCUCCCUUUCCGCAG